UGCAACCCUACACACCAACAUGCAGUCCCUGAUUGUUUUGUCCCUGGCUAUUGCCACCGCCUUCGCCGCCACCCCCUUCUUCGAGUCUCCCCACAACGAGAAGGCCUCCGCUUUCUACAAGGCCCCCGCUCACGGAGGUCCCGCCCCUAUCUACAAACCUGCCCCCGCACCCUACAAGCCUGCCCCUGCAUACAGCGCUCCCGCACCCGUGUACAGCGCACCUGCUUACAAACCCGCCCCCGCUCCAUACAAACCUGCCCCCGCCCCCUACAAACCAGCCCCCGCCUACGCCCCUGCUCCCGCUUACGCCCCUGCCCCUGCAUACAAGCCCUACAAGAGCGACUACUCCAGCGGCGCCACCAGCUACCAGAACGUCAAGCUUGAGGUCGGAGAGCAGUCUUACAGACAGCCCGAGUACAAACCCCAGUACAAACCUUCCUACUAGACAACACCACAGGACUCACACCCCAUCUGUUAUUUAUUUCACCACAUGAUCACUAAAUAAAGAAAUCUGUUAUUCUA